AGCUCACCGCCACCUCCACGCUCGAAGCUCCUCCCGAACCGGCCGCAUCGCCGCCAUGGCAGCCGCCGCUCCUGCAAGCUCCGUGAAGGAAGUGCUGCCGUCUCCCCUGACCUCCGCCUCCGAGCCCCCUCCCCUUUUCGAUGGCACCACCAGGUUGUACGUGGCCUAUCUUUGCCCGUUCGCGCAGCGCGCUUGGAUUGCUAGAAACUACAAGGGUCUGCAGGACAAGAUUAAGAUAGUUGCCAUCGAUCUCGCUGACAGGCCAGCGUGGUACAAGGAGAAGGUUUAUCCAGAAAACAAGGUGCCUUCUCUAGAGCACGACAACCAGGUGAAAGGAGAGAGCUUGGAUUUGGUUAAGUACAUUGACAGCAACUUCGAAGGUCCAUCGUUGCUCCCCGAGGAUCAUGCAAAGCAGCAGUUCGCUGAGGAGCUGCUCGGAUACACUGACGCAUUCAACAAAGCAUUUUACUCAUGUUUAGUCGACAGGGAAGAUGUGUCUGAGGAAGCCGUUGCUGCCUUGGACAAAAUAGAAGACGCCCUGGGGAAAUUCAACGAUGGCCCGUUCUUCCUUGGUCAGUUCAGUCUGGUGGACGUUGCGUAUGUACCGUUCAUCGAGAGGUUUCAGAUACUCUAUUCCAAUAUAAAGAACUAUGACGUCACAAAGGGCAGACCCAACCUUCAGAAAUUCAUCGAGGAAGUGAACAAGAUCGAUGCGUACACACAGACUAAACUGGACCCGCAGUUUUUGCUUGAGCAAACAAAGAAGCGGCUUGGGAUUGCUUAAAGCCUGUGACCAAGGACGAGACUUUCGCCAGAAGCACCAGCGUAGUAGAUCGGAGCUCGUUUUAGUCGGUUGUGUGCUUGGAUAUUACAUCUGGUCUUCAAUAAGGCAUGGCCUUCUGUAAUGGCUGUGCUUCUGAAAAUAAAUAAACUAGUUGUCCAGGUAUUAUAUUUGCUUUGGUGACGUGUCGAUGUCACUGUAUAUAUAUGAAUGGGUCGGAAAGAAUGAUGAUGUGCAGUGUGUUCUGUGCAAAUGUUGCCGAGAUGAAGGAUCAGUGUCCAUGUAGACAUUCAUGUAUUGCUCAUAUCGUGACACGGCGCAUGAAAGGUUUCGGCCCCUACCACGC